CACUCAAGCAAACUUUGACAAUGGGUCGGAUUUUCUUGGAUCAUAUUGGUGGCACUCGUCUGUUUUCCUGUGCUAACUGUGACACAAUCUUGACUAACCGCUCAGAGCUCAUAUCUACCCGUUUCACAGGGGCCACAGGACGGGCCUUCCUUUUUAACAAGGUGGUAAAUUUGCAGUACAGUGAGGUGCAGGACCGAGUGAUGCUCACUGGCCGCCAUAUGGUUCGCGAUGUGAGCUGCAAGAACUGCAACAGCAAGCUAGGCUGGAUCUAUGAAUUUGCCACUGAAGACAGCCAGCGCUAUAAGGAAGGCCGUGUGAUCUUGGAAAGAGCUUUGGUCCGAGAGAGUGAAGGGUUCGAGGAGCAUGUUCCGUCUGAUAACUCCUGAAUGGAUAUGUCAUUGUCUUCAGGCUUUCUCUGUUAAAACUUAAAAAAGAGAAAAAUCAACAAAAAAAAUCUACUUACAUACACUGUCACCUUAGCAUCAGCGUUGGAUUUGUGA